AUGGGUGGCCGCCGACUCAGGCAGCCGUGUCUGGACAGAAUCAGCAGCAAACAGAACAGAGCCAAGGACAAGCGCCGCGUCCUCUGGGCCCUUAUGGGCGGCGGAUACUACGCUUCAGGCGCCGCGACAGCUCACAAUCAGAACCUCCCCGCGCUUCCAGGGCUGACGGCGCAACCUCAGCACUCUUCGCCCCACAUGUCAGCCCAGCGACCACCAUCCUCUGACGCAGGAGCGCAAGGGCAUCAAGCCCCCCCUGGUCCGCCGUACUCGUUACCCGGGAUAUCGCAAACGUUGCAACAGCAGCAUCAACAACAACAACAACAGCAGCAGCAGCACAUGCCGACUUCGGAGCAAGCGAACGCAGACCGGGAACGGGAAAUGCGCGAACGCGAAACACGCGAGCGGGAGAUGGAUUCGCAUGUUAUGCAUCAGCAAGAAGACCAUGUGAAGCGCGAAGCGGAGCAGCGAGAUCGAGAACAUCACGAACGACAGCAGCGCGAGCACGCAGCCCUCCAAAGCCACUCAACACCCAUGCAAAUACACCAGCCUGUAGCCGUAGCGCCAUCUACACGAACAAUUCACGGUCCAAACGGCCUCCUAGGACAGUCAGGGCCAAUGAAUGGGCCAAAUCUACUUGCGCCACCAAUGGGUGGUCCCAACGCGACUGGUCAAAUGUACGGCAACAGCGCCUCUGUGCAGCACGAGCAGACUACUCCAAGGAUGCAACACGCAGUCCAAGCGCCAACACAGGCGCAGAUGUUGAUGCCUUUUGCUGGUCCUCCAGGAUCAAUGGCAAUGGGCCAAGGACAACAGCCCAUCCUCAACGACGCUCUGAGCUACCUUGAUCAGGUCAAAGUCCAGUUUGCUGACCAUCCCGAUGUUUACAACCGAUUUUUGGAUAUCAUGAAGGACUUCAAGAGCGGCGCAAUUGAUACCCCAGGCGUCAUCGAAAGGGUUUCGACUCUGUUCGCAGGCAACCCGGCCCUCAUCCAGGGCUUCAACACCUUCCUCCCACCCGGCUACAAGAUCGAAUGUGGCACAAACGGAGACCCAAACGCUAUUAGAGUGACCACGCCAAUGGGCACCAUGGUCUCGACAAUGCCUGCCCCCAGGCCGCUUUCGCCGCCACGAAGCGCUGUCAACGGUAAUAACGGCCCGCAACACGAGAGUACCUACUACGAGACUGCCCAAGGCCAGCCGUGGCCUCAGCAGCAGAGGGCCCAGGCCGAAGGGCAGGAGUCGAUGUUCUCUCCAAACAACCGAACCCUUGGCCAGCCAUUGUAUGGACAGCAGCAACAACAGGGUCCAGCGCCACAUUCACCGGAAGUCACCUCGCGGCCUCAUCCUGACCCUGCUGGCUCAGCGGCUGUACUAGCUCACCAACAAGAGCAGAGGGGUGUCUCGCAGCUGCAGAACGCUGUAUCUGCCGCUACUGGUCGUUCGAUCAUGUCACCCAGUGUUGAUGCGGGCACACCACUCCAAGGACAAGCAUUGAAUGGCGCUGUUCAGCUUCCCCAAAUGGGCGGGGCUGCAGCCGAGAAGAGAGGCCCCGUCGAGUUCAACCAUGCUAUCAGCUACGUAAACAAAAUUAAGAACCGGUUUGCGGCCCACCCUGAUAUCUACAAGAACUUCUUGGAAAUACUGCAGACAUACCAACGAGAAUCAAAGCCUAUUCAGGACGUCUACGCCCAAGUCACCCACCUUUUUGGCGGCGCACCGGAUCUCCUCGAAGACUUCAAGCAGUUCCUCCCAGAGUCUGCCGCUCAUCACAGGGCACAACAGCAAGCAGCUAAGAAUGCUGCAGAAGACGCUAUCAUGCUCAGCAACGUAAGAGGCGAAUCAGGAUACGGAGCAGUAGCAAACCAACAGACACCUGGUCGCGCGGACACUUCACGACUACCACCAAUGGGCAACUUCGCGCCUACGCCUACCGCGAACCGGGACAACAAGCGCAAGCGUGAGCGACAAGGACCUGUAGCUGCGCCCAUGCCUACGCCCAUGUCUCAAGAACUGCCAACCUCGAAUCUCCGCGGUGGCUACACUCAGGGAAGUGUAAACAAGACAGGACAUGCUGCAAAGCAAGCGGUUCCGGACGGCCCGCCAGUCUCACCCACCUUGACGCCUGCGCUUCCCGAACCGAUGCCGCCAACGACGACUACGACUCCUAGCCAGGAUGAGCUUGCAUUCUUCGACCGCGUCAAGAAGUUCAUCGGAAACAAGAAUACGAUGAAUGAGUUCUUAAAGCUUUGCAACCUGUACUCUCAAGACUUGAUCGACAAGUCACUACUGCUCUACCGUGCGCAGUCCUUUAUCGGCGGCAAUGUCGAGCUUUUCACCUGGUUCAAGAAGUUCAUGGGCGAGGACGAGGAGCAACAAAAGUCACGCCCCAAGACGGUCAACUCGCGCGUGUCGUUGUCCAACUGUCGCAGUCUGGGCCCCAGCUACCGUCUGCUUCCCAAGCGCGAGCGGGAGCGAGUAUGUAGUGGACGUGACGAACUUUGCCGAUCAGUCCUGAACGACGAGUGGGCCUCUCACCCUACGUGGGCUUCUGAAGAUUCUGGCUUUGUCGCCCAUCGCAAGAACACAUUCGAAGAGGGUCUACACAGGAUUGAAGAGGAGCGCCACGACUACGACUUCAAUAUUGAGGCAUGCAGCCGUACCAUUCAGCAACUUGAACCCAUCGCAAACCAAUUGCUCGCCAUGAAGCCGGAGGAUCGGAUAGGAUUCACGCUUCCUCCCGGUCUUGGUGGACAGAGUGAGACGAUCUACAAGCGCGUCAUCAUGAAGAUCUACGGCCGUGAGAGGGGCAGAGAUGUAAUCAAGGAGCUAUUUGCGAUGCCUUGGAGCGUGGUUCCAGUUCUUCUCCAUCGACUGAAGACGAAGCUGGAGGACUGGAAGGCUGCUCAGCGCGAGUGGGAGAAGGUUUGGCGUGACCAGACCCAGAAGAUCUUCUGGAAGUCACUGGAUCACCAGAGCAUCACAGUCAAGCAAGCCGACAAACGACAGUUCCAGCCAAAGUCCUUGACGAACGAGAUUCAAGUCCGAUACGAAGAGCAAAAGCGUCUGCAGCAGAUCCAAGAGAUUCCACAGGAAGAUUACCAAUUCGCCUUCUCGUUCAAGGAUGAAGAGGUGCUGUUCGACGUCGCUCGCCUGAUGCUUACUUUCGCGGACAACAACACUGGCGCCGACUUUGCUAAGGUUGUACCCUUCAUCAAGGAGUUUGUGCCCCUGUUCUUCGGUAUAGAUGCGGCCAAAUUUGAGCAGCGAGUGCAUACAUCGGGACGCGAUACACCAAACGACUCCGGCGAGGAUACUCCAUCUCCCGAUGAGGAUGUCUCUCAGCGCUCGCAGAAGUCGAAGAAGGGUGACCUACGGCGCGAUGUUCUCGACCCCCGCGGCAAGUCACGCAAGGACAAGGAUGACAGCGCACCGUCAGCUAGUCGGGACAGCACACCAGACACAUCUGGUAUGGAGGACGAGGCCGCUGGCGACAGCUCCAACUCUAACCCCCGCGGAGACCGACCGCCCACCCAUUGGGUAGAAUACGCUACGACUCCGACUGCAUUCGGCGAGAAGGAGUUUGAUCAUGAUGAACCCUACCGACGUGUGGAGUACAAUAUGUACGCCAAUGCUUCGAUCUACUGCUUCUUCCGGAUGUUUGUAAUGCUCUACGAGAGAUUAUGGAAGCUUAAAGACAAGGAAGAAGAAGUACGAAAGGCCAUUAUGCGCGCCAAAGAGCCCAAGGCCGCACACAAGCUCAAGAUGCUGGACAAACAGCCAGAGGACUUUUUCAAAGACACAUCUCCGUCCGCAAACUACUACCAGCAAGUUCUCGACAUGUUUCAGGAUCAGAUUACCGGCGAUGUGGAUAUGAACUUCAUCGAAGAGACUCUGCGGCGGUACUAUCUACAGACAGGCUGGCAGCUGUACUCAUUUGAUAGGCUGCUCAGCUCUCUCGUUCGGUUUGCACUUGCUGUAGUAAGCCAUGAUAACAAGGAUAAGAGCCUUGAUAUCUACAACCUCUUCAAGAAGGAUCGUGUCAAUGACACGACAACGCACAAGAACGAGAUCAGCUACCGAAAGGCUGUUGAGAAGUACGCCAAGGAUACCGACACCUACCGCAUCACCUAUGACCCUGCCAAGAUGGAAGCGCAUGUACGCCUCUUCAAGAAGGAUGACCCAACCUUUGAAUUCAACACGCUCGAUCGAGUUAAGCGCUGGCGAGCAUAUAUCGCAUCCUUCACGGCUAUCGAGCCCACGGAAGAGGUCGAUGCUUCGCGUGUCCGCUACCCGUAUCUAAAGAGGCGCCUAGCCAAGAACGUGGACCUCUCUGAAGAAGAGCGCUUCGAGCAGGUCAGGCACUGUGACACCAUCACUAUCUCUAUCAGCCCUUCCGCAUACAUCCUGGGCUUUGUCAACAGUGAGCCUUUUGGUAAUGGUGGCGUGCAGUACUACGUCCAACCAGAUGCUGUACGAGCCGGUCUCAGCGAGGCGGUACCAAAUCCGACUGAGGAAUACAAGAAGCUGAACGAUGAGAGGAGGGAGAGGGUCCAGGAGAUUCUUGUUAGGAACAACAGCUGGAUGAAGGAUCUCAGCCGGGAUGACGUGGAUGCUAAGAAGACGGCGUUCAAAAAGGAUAUCGAAGAACCGAGGAAGGUGACUGGCGAAGAUGAUGUGGAUAUGGAAGGUGCCGAUGGGUUCGGGUAUUAA